AUGGAUCAACAAAAUCAACAAUUUGCACCACCUCCUCCAUCAUAUCCAGGAGUUUCAGCUCCUAUCGUUCCGAUUAAAGGUCGAUAUCCUGUACGUUGUAUAUGUAACAACUGCCAACAAAAUAUUGUAACGCGAGUCGAAAAGAAAAAUGGUCUUAUGACAUGGGCCAGUGUCGGUGGUAUUUGUUUCUUUGGAGCUCCAUUUGGAUGUUUUCUUGGUUGCUGUUUAAUUCCACUCUGCAUUGAUGAUCUCAAGGAUACAGUACACUUUUGUCCAAAUUGUUCUAUGGUUCUUGGUGUCGACAAAAUGCUUUAA